CCUCUUCCCUCGCUCGACCUCGCGUCCUCCGCGUCACGGCCGCGCAGGACUCGGCAUGCUGCCCGACUGCCUGUCGGCCGAGGGCGAGCUGCGCUGCCGCCGGCUGCUGGCGGGGGCCACGGCCCGACUCCGCGCACGGCCCGCGUCGGCCGCGGUGCUCGUGCCUCUCUGCUCAGUGCGCGGGGUCCCGGCUCUGCUGUAUACGCUGCGGUCCAGCCGCCUGACCGGGAGGCACAAGGGCGACGUUAGUUUCCCAGGCGGCAAGUGCGACCCGGCUGACCAGGACGUGGUGCACACGGCCCUGCGGGAAACCCAGGAGGAACUGGGCCUGGCAGUGCCCGAGGAGCACGUGUGGGGCCUGCUGCGGCCUGUGUAUGAUCCGCAAAAGGCCACCGUGGUGCCAGUGCUUGCUGGUGUGGGCCCACUGGAUCCCCAGAGCCUCAGGCCCAACUCGGAGGAGGUGGAUGAGGUGUUUGCACUCCCACUAGCCCACCUGCUGCAGACGCAGAAUCAGGGCUAUACCCACUUCUGCCAGCGUGGCCACUUCCGCUACACACUACCUGUCUUCCUGCAUGGACCACACCGGGUCUGGGGCCUCACAGCUGUCAUCACCGAGUUUGCCCUGCAGCUGCUGGCACCUGGUACCUACCAGCCCCGCCUGGCCGGCCUGAGCUGGCCAGGGGCUGAGGGCCUGGCCCACCCUCAGCAGCCCCUGGUUUCACCCUGCCAGGCCAGCUCCACUUCAGGACUGAAUAAAGGCCUUUGACAGCUCUAGA